GGCGGGAGCUUCGGAAACCGGCGUCCAGAUCCGCGACCCAAGGACUCCCGCCGCGGGGUCCACGUGGACCCUGGGCCGCGGCGGGACUGGAUUCCGUCCCCGCGCGUGGGGGAGGGGGCGUAGCAAGCGGGUUCCCCUUUUUCUGCAGCUCAAAGCCUGGGGAAGUGAUUGCUCAAAGUGGGGGGGGGGGCCGGAAGAACCCAGGUUUCCGCGUCUCCCGUCCCCCCUUCAGCCUGGUGGGGAGGGGCCGAGGCGGGACACCCGUACUGCCCCCGCCCCCACCCCGCUGGAUCUGGCAGCCACUCAUCCCCGCCAGUCGGAGGGGAGGCGCUGCGCCCCCGGCCCGAGCUGAUCGGGGGCUUCUGGCGCCAGCCUCGCUCCAGAACGCGCAGGAGGACCUCCUGCCGUCUGACUUGAGUCCUGCUGCUGCAGUGCACGCCCCUUCGGCAGCCAGGGUGGGGCCCAGAACGACCUGGCCCCUCCCGCCCCCACCUCGCCUUUGGGUCGCUGACCCCCAGGCUGUGGUGACAGGAACAGGUGUCCUGGAACAGGCACCGCGGAGCCCUGGCAACUUCCUCCACCCAUCCAUGCCCACCCCACCUGAGGCUGAGAAGCAGCAAACAGGGCCAGAGGAGGCGGACCAGCCCCCCUCGAUGUCCAGUCAUGAUGCGGCCCCCCCGGCUCCCCCCAGGCGAAACCCCUGCUGUUUGUGCUGGUGCUGCUGUUGCAGUUGCUCUUGGAACGAAGAGCGGCGGCGGGCCUGGCGAGCCUCGCGGGAGAGCAGGCUGCAGCCCCUUCCCAGCUGCGAAGUCUGCGCCACGCCGACGCCGACCCCAGAAGAGGUGCGAAGCUGGGCGCAGUCCUUCGACAAGCUGAUGCACAGCCCCGCGGGCCGCAGUGUAUUCCGGGAGUUCCUGCGCACGGAGUACAGCGAGGAGAACAUGCUCUUCUGGCUAGCCUGCGAGGAGCUCAAGGCCGAGGCCAACCAACAUGUCGUGGACGAGAAGGCCCGGCUCAUCUACGAGGACUACGUGUCCAUCCUGUCCCCCAAGGAGGUGAGCCUGGACUCCCGGGUGCGGGAGGGCAUCAACAAGAAGAUGCAGGAGCCGUCGGCGCACACGUUCGAUGACGCACAGCUGCAGAUUUACACACUGAUGCACCGAGACUCCUACCCCCGCUUCCUCAGCUCCCCCGCCUACCGCGCCCUGCUGCUCCAGGGAGCCUCCCAGUCCUCCAGCGAGGCCUAGGCUGCCCAUGUGGCCGCCCAGAUGUGGGACGCCUCCCGCGGCAGAGACUCCUUUCAUGAGAGCGCUUCAGCAGGUGUCAGGCACACCCACCAGGCCCAGCACUCUGGUGUGGUCCCAGGCAAGAGUGCCAGGUGCAGUGCCAGAGGCCCCUUCCCCACCCGGGGGAUGCAGUGUCCCAGGGUCCGGCUGAGAGGCAGGUGUGAGUGCCUCUGAGCCCAGGCGACCUUUCUUGAAUCAACCAUCCCCUGCCUCUGGCCACGGAGCCCUCCUGCUGGGGUUCCCACGUGGGGAAAGGAGGUACCUUCCCUGGAAGCAUCCUGGAGCCACAAACCUCACAGGGUCCCUGGGAAACCCUUUCGUGGAGAGCAGACCUUCUGUUUAGAUCUAUAACACAAGGAGACCUCUGCCUGGAGCCGUCUGUACCCUGGGAUCAGACUGAGGACCUCAGAACAAGGCUCAAGGCAGCAGGACCUGAUUUCUCUUUUAUAUGAUCAUUGAGUUUAAACCAGGAAACAUGGCACUGUGUGUCUUAUCAAAAAAAGAAAAUGUUUUCAUAUUUAACUCCGCUCCUCUUACUCCCAAAAUAGAAUCUUAUUAUUGAAGAUA